AUGCCGCCCCUGGCUACCGCCGCAAGACCGCUACCCGAAGAAGACGUCAAACUACCCGGCAUCAACGCAGUCCUGCUCGGGCCACCAGGUUCGGGCAAGGGCACGCAGGCGCCAAAACUGUUGCAAAAAUUUUACUCAUGCCACCUGUCCACAGGAGACAUGUUGCGCUCCGAAGUGGCCUCCGGGUCGGAAUUGGGUCAGAAGGUGAAACAAGUCAUAGAAUCAGGUAACCUGGUUAGUGAUAAUCUUGUUGUUGAUUUGAUUGAUCGAAAUUUAGAUAGACCAGAGUGUAGGCAAGGAUUCUUAUUAGAUGGUUUCCCAAGAACAGUACCUCAAGCUGAAAAACUGGACAAUCUUCUGGAAAAACGGAAAACACAGUUGGACUCUGUGAUCGAGUUUAACAUUAGUGACAGUUUAUUGGUACGCCGUAUAACAGGGCGUUUGAUUCACCCUGCCAGCGGCCGAUCUUAUCACGAUGAAUUCCAUCCACCAAAAGUUAAUAUGACAGAUGAUAUAACUGGCGAGUUAUUGAUUCGUCGUGCUGAUGAUAAUGUAGAUGCUCUGAAAAAGCGCCUUGAAUCAUAUCAUAAACAAACAUCUCCAUUGAUAGAUUAUUAUCAGAAAAAAGGAAUUCAUUCUAAGGUUGAUGCCUCUAAGAGUUCUGAUGAAGUUUUCAAAAUGGUAGAAAAUAUAUUUUUGCGUUGUUCAAGUUCUGCCAAUAAAGACAGAGUUUAA